AUGUCUGUCCCAGUCGAGGAGGGCAAAUUGCUCGUCGACUCAUUGAGCACUGUCCGGUCUCAAACCCAACAAAUGAAGCGCUAUCUGGAGCUUGACCAGCUCAUGGACGCGCUGAAGAGUGCAAGCUUAAUGCUUGCUGAACUACGCACUUCAUCCCUGUCUCCAAAGCAGUACUAUGAACUAUACAUGGCGGUAUUCGAUGCCCUCCGCCAUCUUUCUAACUACCUAUACGACGCCCACACCCAGUCCCGCCAUCACCUAGCGGACCUCUACGAGCUUGUACAAUAUGCUGGCAACAUCAUCCCCCGUCUCUACCUUAUGAUCACUGUUGGCGCCGUCUACAUGUCAGUUCCAGAAGCCCCAGUGAAGGAAAUCAUGAAGGAUAUGAUGGAAAUGUCGAGAGGGGUCCUCCAUCCUAUUCGUGGCUUGUUCCUCCGCCACUACCUUAGUGGACAGACCAGAGACCAUCUACCGCUCGGAAACGAUGAUGGACCCUCUGGAAACCUACAAGACUCCAUUUCCUUUGUCCUCACAAACUUCAUCGAGAUGAACAAACUCUGGGUACGACUACAACACCAAGGGCACUCAAGAGAUCGCGAAAAGCGCGAAAUUGAACGACGCGAAUUGCGGAUUCUAGUUGGAACCAAUCUUGUCCGGCUCAGCCAACUUGACGGCGUUGACCUUGACAUGUAUCAAAACAUAAUACUCCCUGGAGUUCUUGAGCAAGUGGUCAAUUGCAAGGAUGUCAUUGCGCAGGAAUACUUGAUGGAAGUCGUCAUUCAGGUCUUCACCGACGAGUUCCACUUGCACUCUCUGGGACCGUUCCUCUCUGCGACUGCCCAACUCCAUCCGAAAGUCAACAUCAAGCAAAUAGUUAUUGCGUUGAUCGACCGCCUCGCUGCUUAUGCUGCUCGGGAAGCAGAAAAUGAGGAUCCUGAAGAGACCAAGAAACAAGAGGAGGCCGCCGCUCGAAGACUUGCUGAGAAAGUCAAAUCUCAAAAGGCAAGAGUGAGAGAGCACGGCAAUUUUGCCAGCUCACCCACGACCGACACAAGCGAGUGGGGCCAGUCCCCAGCCAGUCCUGUUGAGUCAACGAAGGUGGCCUCUUCGGUUAGUGAAACCGUUGAUGGCGAAAAGCCUGUGCCCCCCGCUCCAGAUGUGCGCAAGUUCCGCGGUGUCCCAGAGGAUGUCCAGCUCUUCGAGGUCUUCUGGCAGCAGGUUGUUGAGCUUAUCAAGGCUCGUCCAGAUCUAUCGAUACAGGACAUAACAGCGCUAUUUGUCUCACUGACCAAUCUUUCACUGAGCUGUUACCCCGAUCGACUCGAGUACGUUGAUCAAGUCCUCAGUUUUGCGGCAGACAAGAUCAAAGAGUAUUCCGAGAGUCCUGAUUUACAUGCUCCUCAAACGACCACGAAUCUCGCUGCUUUGCUAGUAGCACCAAUCAACUCCUACCAAUCCGUACUCACCUUGCUCGCCAUUCCCAACUAUGCGCCAUUGUUGACAAAACAGUUAUUCUCCACACGACGGUCCAUAGCUCACUCCAUCGUUUCGUCGGUACUCAAGAAUGAGACCAUCAUUGAGACACCGGAGGAUGUAGAUGGGGUUUUGGAGUUGUGCCAUGUCCUCAUAAAGGACCAAUCUGAUUCAGCUCCCAACGGACCCAGUGUAAACGGCAACCAAGGGAAUGGCAAAGACAUGCGCCGACACGGUCCAUAUACCGUUGAGCGUGAAGAAAUGGCAGAAGAACAAGGCUGGGUUGCAAGAAUGGUCCACUUGUUCCGCGCAGAAUCAUUAGAUGUUCAAUUCGAGCUCCUGCAAAUCGCCCGACGUCACUUUGAUGCAGGCGGAGAGCGAAUGCGGUUUACUUUCCCCGCGUUGAUCACAUCCUCCAUCAAAUUGUGUCGACGUUACAAGACUCGUGAACAUGUCGAAGCUGACUGGGAGACGAAAGUUUCCACAAUUCUCAAAUUUUGUCGGCAGCUAACAUUUAUUCUUGCUUCCCAAGUCGAUGCACCCACAAUAGCCCUACGACUCUUCCUUUUGGCAGCUCAAGUAGCUGAUGAAUGCGGAUUUGAAGACCUCACCUAUGAUCUCUACGUCCAAGCAUUCAGCGUCUAUGAGGAUAACAUCUCCGAGUCACGUGCGCAGCUGCAAGCCAUCACGCUGGUUAUUGGCACACUGGAAGGCGCAAAGGUUUUCGGCGUUGACAAUUACGACACCCUUAUCACCAAGGCGGUCCUCCAUGCUGCGAAGCUCCUGAAAAAAAGCCAUCAAAGUACGGCCGUUGGGCUCGCUAGUCAUCUCUGGUGGCAAGAAAAGGCUGCCGGCGGGAGUGAGGAUACGGCUGCGAAAGAGACUGAGAAAGGGGAAGAGUCCGCAGAAACCGCUAAAUCAUUCCCACACCAAGAUAGCAAACGAGUGCUGGAGUGCCUACAAAAGUCACUCAGAGUAGCGGGUGCUGCAAUCGAGGAGAUCGUGACGGUGCAGCUCUAUUGCGACACUCUGGACCACUACCUGUAUUAUUUGGAUCGCGGAGCUCCGGCGGUCGCACCCAAGUUUGUGAACAGCUUGGUCGAGCUCAUCACUUCAAGCAUCGACAACAUCGCCUCACCCGACAUCCACCCUUCCCAGCGAGCGCCGCCUGGGCUUAUCGAGGGGGUCCAAACGCCAGAAAUGAUAACAAGGCAUUUCAGAAACACUCUUGCUUACAUUCAGAGGAGGAAGAAUGCGGUCACGGAGGGUUCUGCAGACUCGCGAUGGAACGAGGUCGAUGUGACUGGGGCUUCACUCAAGAUGGGCAUUAACCGGUGA